AGUAGCAUUUGAAGGCGAUAUUCCAGAGUAAGCCGAGCAGUUGAUUUUAUAAUUGGCUCGAUUUUAUGGUUGUCCAAUUUUAAACAUAUACGAGGACAUACUAGCUUUAAGAAAUGUUGAUGUAAUUGUAGAAAAGGACUGGUUGUGUCGCUGCGUACCAAUAAGAAAGUCAAAUACAACGUUAGAUCUAUCGUCCCUCCCUCAUCACGGCCAGAGACCAGAGUCAACCACAGAAGAGAGCAUUGCCUCCGUCUAGGUUGUGGAGACGAGAUCAAAAUCGCAAUUUUAUACAUUCGACUUUGCUGUACGUACUUUGCGCUCAGACUGCCGUUUAAUCGACGACAGGCCUGGCUUAGGAAAACAUUCAGUCCAGAACAAUGGCGAAUUUGCAGAGCGACGAGGCCUUAGCAAUCAAAACGCUCGUUUUUAUUUUUCUGAUAAGUAAACCAAAUUUGAUUUUUGGACAAAUUCGUUAUUCGCUUCUUGAGGAACUGGAACCAGAUGCUUUAAUUGGGAAUGUCGCUAGGGACUUGGGAUUGAACGCACGGCAACUGUCAGCUCGCAAAUUCCGAAUCACCUCUGACACUGGAAGCCAGUAUAUGAAGGUUAGUGCGGAUAAUGGGGAUUUAUCCAUUCGCGAGAUAAUCGACAGGGAACAUAUCUGUGGACCAGUCGCUAGAUGUAUUCUUCCUUUUGAAGUGGUAGUAGAAAAUCCUUUCGAGAUUUAUCGUGGUGAAGUGGAGAUUUUGGAUAUAAAUGACAAUGCGCCCGGUUUCACGGAUAGCAGCAUUACCCUACAGAUGGCCGAAACAAUUGCACCAGGGGCACGCUUCCCACUCGAGAGUGCGCAGGAUCCGGACGUUGGAAUAAAUACUGUCACCACUUAUACAAUCAGUUCCAACCAGUACUUCGGCCUAAAUGUGCAGACAACGGAGGAAGGCGUUAAAAUCGUCGAAUUAUUGUUGAAGAAAGCUCUGGACCGCGAGCAGAAUCCGUCCUUUCAGCUCGUUUUGACGGCUACUGAUGGUGGGACUCCUCCCAGAUCUGGUACCGUCCAGGUCCUCAUUACCGUUCUGGAUAGUAAUGAUAACUCACCAGUUUUCGAUCGUACAAUUUACAGGAGUAGCUUAGCAGAAAACUCACCUAAGGGAACCUUGGUGAUCAAGGUCAGCGCCAAUGAUUUGGACGAAGGCUCGAAUGCGGAGGUAACCUAUUCUUUCAGUAAACUUGCCUCUCCACGAGUGAGAGAAUUAUUCCGUUUGAACCCAAAAACAGGGGAGAUCAAAGUGGAAGGAAAGGUCGAUUUUGAAGAAACAAACAGUUAUUCACUUGAUGUACAAGCUGUGGACCACGGCUCACCCGCAAUUACCGGACAUUCUAAAGUCCUCAUUAAGGUCAUUGAUAUGAACGACAACGCCCCCGAGAUAAAGGUGACACCAGUAUCCAUCACUGUCUCAGAGGAUGUUGCGCCAGGAACUUUGAUAUCGUUGAUCAAUGUAAUGGAUCAGGAUUCUGGUAAAAACGGGCAAGUAAACUGUCAGAUUUCAAAGCUCAUCCCGUUUAAGCUUCAAGAAUCUUCCAGCAACCAUUACAAAUUGAUUACAAGCGGCUUGCUGGAUCGUGAAACAGUUUCCAAUUAUAACAUAUUAUUCUUAGCAAGAGAUUCUGGAUCUCCACCACUAUCAACAAAUGUAACCAUCAGGAUUUCGGUUUCUGAUGUGAAUGAUAAUGUCCCACAAUUUACCCAGAUGUCGUACACGGUGUACGUGAUGGAAAACAACGCGCCCGGUGCAUCGGUUUUCAAAGUCACUGCUCUGGAUGCAGACAUGGACAGGAAUUCAUUUGUUUCCUAUGACAUAAUGGCAAGCAAGAUCCAAGAUCUGCCAGCAUCUUCUUUGAUCAGUAUUAACUCAAAUAAUGGCGACGUAUACGCCCUGCGCUCUUUUGACUAUGAGCAAGUGAAGAGCUUCCAGAUUCAAGUUCAAGCCCGUGAUUCUGGAGUUCCUCCGCUAAGCAGCAGUACAACAAUCAAUGUGAUUAUCCUGGAUCAAAAUGAUAACGCUCCAGUCAUCGUUUCACCCUCAGCGCAGAAUGGAUCAGCUGCGGAGGUGAUCGUGCCUCAGUCAGCGGGCCAGGGUUACUUGGUUACCAAGAUAAUCGCAACAGACGCUGAUUCUGGUCAGAACGCACGGCUGCUUUAUCAAGUCCUAAAAGCCACUGAUCCCAAUUUGUUCACUGUAGGGCUUAACUCUGGCGAAAUCAGAACAGCCCGAAAUAUUUUGGAGCAAGAAGCAUCCAGGCAACGGUUAGUGGUCUCGGUGAAGGACAAUGGGCAGCCAAGCCUCUCCAGCACUGUUACAAUCAUCUUUUCAAUCUUGGCUAAUGUUACUGAACGAUUCUCUGAAGUUGAAAGCUUUGCCAGAAAUCCUGAAGAUAUAUCUGAUUUAAAUCUCUAUUUAAUCGUGGCUUUAGGUUCGACUACGUUAAUAUUUCUUGUGACCAUAAUUUUCCUGGUUGGAAUCAAAUGUAAACAGGAUAGAAAUAUCAAUGAAGACUACAGAUCCGGAGUAUGUUGCUGCACACGGGACGAUUUAAAUUAUUCGUAUAAUGAGCGAACUGGACCAACAGAUCCUUUAAAUAAUGUUGGUGUUGGCGAAAUUGGUCCCAACGCUGACCCGUGUCGUUAUACGGUUUGUUUGUCCCCAGACUCUUCCAAGACUGAUUUUUUGUACUUUAAGCCGUUUACUUCAACUUUGCCACAGUAGCGGUGUUAGGUAAUGUUACUGUAACAGGUAAAGAAAAAGGCAGAAUAACUUAGUUCCACGGGCCACAUAUACUUGUCCAGUUCCAUGGGAAAUUGAAUGGGAAUACAAAGUUUCGCUGUAAUUCAAAUUUAUGAAUAUCGAUAUACACAAUGUCAUUCAUAUUAAUAAUAAUAAUAAUAAUAAAAAUCAACAAAUGAACAAAAA